UUUCAUACUUUUCAUUCAUCUCUCUCUCUCUCUCCCCUCUGAAAAUGUCGUCAAACAUUAUAGUGGAAUCGUGUAGCGUUGAUUCGGAGGAAGGGGUGAAGCUUCACACGAGAAUCUUCAAACCCAGAAACGAAGAAGUAUCCAGCGACGAUGGGGAUCUGGUAAUAGUAUUGGUCCACCCGUUCUCUCUUUUGGGUGGUUGUCAAGCUCUGCUCAAAGGCAUAGCUUCUGAAUUGGCAUCCAAAGGUUUCAAGGCCGUCACUUUCGAUACCAGAGGAGCUGGAAAGUCCACGGGGAGAGCUACUCUUACUGGCUUUGCUGAGGUCAAGGAUGUCGUCGCUGUUUGUCGGUGGCUUUGUGAGAAUGUCGGUGCUCAUAGGAUCCUGCUCGUGGGUUCUUCUGCUGGUGCACCAAUUGCAGGAUCAGCGGUGGAGCAAGUAGAGCAAGUGGUGGGUUAUGUGAGUUUGGGAUACCCAUUUGGCCUAAUGGCCUCGAUUCUGUUUGGGCGGCACCACAAGGCCAUUCUCUCAUCCCCUACACCCAAACUCUUCGUAAUGGGAACACAAGACGGGUUCACUAGCGUUAACCAGCUAAAGAAGAAGCUGAAAUCUGCUGUGGGACGCACCGAAACACACCUCAUUGAAGGCGUUAGCCAUUUCCAGAUGGAAGGACCUGAAUAUGAUUCUCAGGUGACCGAUAUCAUACGAAAUUUCAUUUCAUCCUUGUAACUUGUAAGAUAGCUCAUGAAAAAAAAUAGACCUUAGGGGAUCAUUGUAUCAUGUAUACUCUUCGAACUACGUUCGUGUAUGUUAUAGCUGGUUUCUGAUACA